UGCACCUUGUCGGAGGUCAGACUUGCAGAAAGAAACAGAUCAUCUGUUCCUGACAAUCUGCUGCUUCAGAAGUCAAGAUGUUGAUCUGCUUUCUGACCCUGGUGGCUCUUAUACCCACGUCCUCAAGCAUCAACCCCGGAGUAAAGGUCAGGCUGACAGAAAAAGGCCUUGAGUAUGGCAGGGUACUGGGCAUGGCUGCCUUACAGCAGAAACUCAAAUCCAUCGAUAUCCCUAAUUUUUCUGGGAAAAAGAGGGUGCGUCCCGUUGGCAAGGUCAGGUACAGCUUCUCAAAUAUUCGAAUACUGAAUGUGGGAUUACCGCGGUCUUCAGUGACUCUUGUGCCAGGAACCGGAGUUAGAAUGAGGAUCACUAAUGCCUUCAUCAAUCUGCGUGGAAACUGGAGGGUCAAGUUCUUUCGAUGGAUAAGGAAGAGUGGCUCUGUUUCUUUGAACGUCAAUGGGCUUACAAUCAGCACAAGCAUUGGAAUCAGGAGUGAUGCGAUGGGCCGACCGGAGGUCAGUAGCGUCAACUGUGCUGCCAGAGUUGGCAGCGCCAGAGUCAAGUUCCAUGGUGGAGGCAGCUGGCUGUACAAUCUCUUCAGAAAAUUCAUUAGCAGGGCUUUGCGUAAAGCAAUGGAGAAAAAGAUAUGCCCUCUGGUCUCCAAAGCAGUAUCUGGUUUAAAUCCGGAGCUGAAAACUCUCAAUGUUGUUGCCAAGGUUGACAAGCAUGCAGAAAUUGAAUAUUCCCUGGUGUCAUCACCAACCAUUUCAAAACCUGCGAUAGAGCUCAACUUAAAGGGUGAAUUCUACAACAUUAGGAAUCACCAGGAGCCUCCGUUCGCAGCAGCAGCCUUUUCCCUGCCACAACAGAACAACAAGAUGUUGUACAUUGGCAUUUCUGCCUUCACCGCCAACUCGGCAGCAUUCGUGUACAACAGAGCUGGCGUCCUCAGACUGUACAUCACAGACGACAUGAUCCCAAAGAGCUCUCCUGUACGACUCAGCACGAGAACAUUCGGAUUCUUCAUCCCAGAGAUUGCCAAGAGAUUCCCGGGUCUGAUGAUGAAGCUGCUCGUUAAGGCAGAGAAGAAUCCCAUCACCACUUUUGAACCCAACAACAUGACGAUUCAGGCCACCGCCGCUGUGACGGCCUACGCCAUCCAACCCAACCGCCGACUUUCCCCUCUUUUUGUGCUACACUUGGACACCAGCGUGACAGCCAACAUGGUCGUCAGUGGAAUGAAACUUGUUGGGAAGGUCGGCCUGAACAAAAUGAGUCUCACCCUGGACAGAAGCUAUGUGGGCCAGUUUCAGGUCAGAUUACUCGACAACAUCCUCCCGCUGCUCACGAAGAUGGUAGUGAUACCCAUAGUAAAUGCUCAACUUGCUAAGGGUUUCCCACUUCCUGCACUUGGAAAGAUGAGGCUCCAGAACACUCAGCUUCGAAUCAUGAAGGACUUCCUGAUGAUCGGGACUGAUGUUCAGUUCAAAAUCUGAACUGGACUCGUACGACCAAAAGAGACUUCAGAGCGAUCGAUUAUCACUUUCCUUCUGGACAUCAUGUCAGAGAUUUUUCAUUUUGCUUUCUUUGUAUCGUCUUGCUUUGCCAGCCUUUUAUGUUUAUACACGACUUGUGGAUAUGACGCCAGAGUUACUCUCGUUCUGUUGUAAAAGUUAACGUUUUGU